AUGCUUGUUAGAGUACACUCGCUUUCCCUGCUGAUGGCCGUGGUGGCCUCAGGCGAGCUGGCAGCGUCCAUUCCCCUGGAGUCUUCCUCUGCCUUCGCCACCAGAGACAUGGACCGUCCUCGAUUCGGAAAUGUCCCAUACGGCAUCGAUAUCACCCGCUGUACCGUCAACGGCAAGGUCGCCCUGACUUUUGACGACGGCCCCGGAGAGUAUACCGAAAAGGUCCUUGACACUCUAGAGAAGAACGGCAACAUCAAGGCUACCUUUUUCCUCGUCGGCGUCAACGGUCAAAACGGUAUCAACAACCCGGCUUACACCCCUCUUCUCAAGCGCAUGCUAGGCGCUGGCCACCAACUUGGUAGUCACUCGUGGAGUCACAAAGACUUCAACACCAUAACCCAUGACCAGCAGGUCGAGGAGCUUGUCAAGAACGAAGAGAUUUUUGCCAAGACUCUCGGCAUUGUGCCCACCUACUUCCGCCCGCCUUACACCCACUGCGAUGACAAGUGUAUUUCGACUCUCAACGAUCUAUCCUACCACGUCGCGGAUUACAACCUCGACACCAAGGACUGGGUUGACGACGGUGUCAACUCCAAGCAGACAUACUCGAGUGCCAUCAACUCUGCAAACCCCUCGAGCUCUUCAUUCAUUGCACUGGCCCACGAUAUCCAUAAUUUCACCGUGAACGGCUUCGUUCAAUAUAUGAUUGACGUCGCCAAGGAGAAAGGUUUCGAGUUGACCACCAUGGGCGAAUGUCUUGGUGACCCGGUCUCCAACUGGUACCGCGACCCUAAGAGCGGUGAGCCCUCGGACGACAAAGAAGAACCCAAGCCCGCUACAACCAGCAAGUCGGUGGGCCCUACCACUUCUUCUUCCGCCCCCGAGGAGACUAAGGAGACCAAGGAGACCAAAACCACGUCCUCGACUACUGGAUCGGAAACCGCAGAGGCUUCUAUGACUGUCAAGACCGCGACCCAUGAGCCCGAAUCGAAGACUAAUGGACCCACCCCUACUGGCGCCACGCGAACCGUCGACGGUGGCGUUAAUAUCGGUAUCCCGGUAACCUCUGCCGGCACGACCGCUGCCUUGAGGCCCACCAGCACCAACACCGUUGUCGAAGUCAAUGCCGCCGGCCGCAUCGUCUUUUCUGCUGGCGGUGCUCUCGCCGGUGCCCUAGCUUGGGCCAUGAUUAUCUGA